AUGCUUACUAUUUCUCAAUGUGGCCAGCACAAUAAACACGGCGAUAUUUGGAUCAUCGUUGACGCCAAAGUAUACGACCUCUCCCGCUUCGUAGACCUUCAUCCAGGAGGUGCCUCAGUUCUUCUUGACCCCGAAGUUGCAGGUCAGGAUGCUACCGAGACCUUCUACGGACUGCAUAGGCAUGAGGUGCUCGAGAAGCCGCAGUACGCGCGUUUGCAGAUCGGGACGAUUAAGGGAGAGCAGAGCAUCAUCACGGGCAAAGUUGCUGGAGAGAUCAGCAAGGUGCCUUAUGCUGAGCCAUCAUGGUUAGCAGAGGGCUUCCAUAGUCCUUAUUUCACCGAGGGGCACAGGAAGUUCCAGAAGGCAAUGCGCCAAUUUGUGGAUGAGUACAUCUAUCCAGAUGCCCAAGCACGCGAAGAAGAUGGCAAGCGCGUUAGUCAAGAGGUCAUCGACAAGAUGACGGAGGUAAACUUGCACGCAAUGCGAAUGGGACCCGGAAAGCAUCUCAAAGGCUUAAAGCUUAUGAAUGGCUUGGUAACUCCCGAAGAGUUCGACUAUUUUCACGAACUUAUUAUCACGCAAGAAAUUUGCCGGUGUGGCGCAAGAGGUUAUGGAGAUGGUAUUCUCGGUGGCAAAGUCAUCGGCUUGCCACCAUUACUCAACUUCGGUACAGACGAGAUGAAGAAGACCAUUGUUCCGGAGAUCCUAUCAGGCAAGAAAUUUAUAUGCCUCGCCAUCUCAGAGGCCCAUGCCGGUAGCGACGUGAUGGGGAUGCAGACGUCCGCGGUGAAGAGUGAGGACGGCAAGGAAUGGAUCAUUAACGGGACGAAGAAGUGGAUUACGAACGGACACAUGGCAGAUUACUUUACGACUGGUUGCAAGACCGAGGAUGGCUUCACCGUCAUUCUUAUUCCCCGCAUUGAGGGAGUCUCCACCAAACUCAUCAAGACCUCGUACUCCACCACCGCCCAAACGGCAUAUAUCACCUUCGACAAUGUCCGGGUACCUGUAACAAAUACUCUCGGCCCUGAGGGCGGAGGUAUUUUCGUCAUCCUGAGCAACUUCAACCACGAGCGAUGGGUCAUGUGCUGUGCAUCGGCGCGGAGCCAGAGGUUGAUCAUCGAGGAGUGCCUUAAAUGGAUUAACCAGCGCAAAGCCUUCGGAAAACCCCUCGCAUCACAGGCCGUCAUCCGGAACAAGAUAGCCAAUAUGGUCGCCCGUGCGGAGAGUAUUCAAGCUUGGUUGGAGAGCAUCACACACCAGAUGUGCAACAUGUCGUACAAGGAGCAGGCGACGAAACUUGCUGGUCAGAUCGCCUUUUUGAAGAUGUAUAGCACGCAGUCAGCACAAACGACGGCGAGGGAUGCAGUCCAGAUAUUCGGUGGACGGGGGAUCACGAAGAGUGGAAUGGGCCGGUUUAUUGAGCAUGCCUAUCGAACGGCGCCAUUCGACGCGUUGCUUGGAGGUGCGGAGGACGUGCUCGGCGAUUUAGGCGUUAGGCAGGCGAUGAGGGCUAUGCCGAAGAAUGCGAGGCUGUGAGCUUGCCAUAGCGGUGCUUUACGGACGCCGGCAGUGGCAGGGUCAAGACGAGGGUUAUUAUUAAGGAUGUAGUUGUAUACAUAAGACGAGUAUCCCGGUCAGGAUGGGCGGGCCAAGUUCACUUAGGUUGCCAUUUAUUUUUGUACUCUCAUAGUAUUUCACUCUCGAUUGGAUUUCCACAUUCUAUGUAUAGUUUACUAUCUGUACAAUCACAAUAUAUUGUCCCUGAC